AUGGCUCUCCAAUCUCCACCACCCGCCAUACCCUUUGAGUGGACAAGGGCCAACACCCAACAUUUCAUUGAAUUGCUCAAGGAACAUCCAUCUGUUUGGAACAUCAAGUCCAAGGAGUAUAAAAUGAGAAACGUCAGAAGUGCAAGCUUGGAAACAAUAAAAUCAGACUUAUCGAACUUUGCAAACUGUACAUUGCGGGUUGAAGACAUCACUAAAAAGCUGCACACACUGAAGACACAAUUCAACCGGGAAAUGUCUGCAAUCAAAGCAUCACAAAAGCCUGGAGCAGGCACGGAUGAUAUUUACACACCGAAGCUAUGGUGUUUUGAUGAGCUGCGUUUCCUGGCUGACGGAGAACCACGUCCAUCCAUGUCCAACUUAGAUGUAGGAGAAACUACUACUGCACAAGUAAGUUCAUAA